AUGGAUAACCACCAUUCACUUGCCAGUUGUCCCCUGAGAUCAAUGGCCUGGCUAACGAUCAAAGACGAAAUUGUAUUGUCUUCAUCGAAAGAGUGGAUCCAAAUGGUGGGUACCGACCCAACCGGAAAACAAUUAUCUAUGGUGUGGGAAGCCGGAGAUCGGUUUGCAGCCGAACCAGCAUUUCAUGUGCGUACUUUAUAUGGUGCGAUCUCCCUCUUAGUCUGCCCACACCCACACACUCAUAACCAUAACCAUAACAAUAACCAUAAGCAUAAGCAUAAUCAUAAGCAUACUUAUACUCAUCCACAUAAUCAUGCGGGAACUACUACCCUGGUAUGCAUGGACGUCAGUACUCUAGACAAUCUUCUCGCUCAAAACCAAUCUAUACCUCUCGUUGUUCGCCUAACCAACUACGGGACCAUUGAUUCAUGCCUUUACAGACAUCCUCUUGAAUCAAAUAAAUUGACAUCAACAACAAUCACAAAAAUGACGACAAGAUCGAAACGAAAAAGAAAAAGAAUGAUAAUGGUAAUGAUAGGCACACCCAUUAUGCGACUUGUGCACACCGAUGACGCUGCUCGUCUUUGUGCCGGUCUAAAACAAGCAUCGAGUGGGUACACAACCACCCUUGAUCUACUCUAUCCCGACACAACUACUGAUAGCUACCAAACCAAGACCCAAACCCAAACCCAAAAUCAGAUUGAGAAUUAUGAACAGCAGCAGACAUUUGAAAUCACAGCAUCAAUGUGCUCGGGCGAUUUGUUGUGUAGUCUUUCGACCCCCCGCCCAAUCGACGAAAAUAGUUCAGCAUCGACCCUCAUGGCUUCAUUGGCUUUACUGGGUCAUUUUUUCGAGGUACCCUUGGUUAGCCCGGUCAAGGGAAUAAUACAAAGGUCACGCGAGAGAGUACUGCGAAUUCCUGAGGCCGUUAUUGUCACGCUCCAGCACAUGAAAUCAAGACCCCUCAUCCGUCAGCUCUGGGAGUGUAUGGUCUGGGCGGGUCUAAUUGACCAUAUCUUGUUGGAUACACUUGUAGAAGGCCGGCCAUCUUCAACCCUCCAAUAA